AUGCCUUCCCACGAAGAACAUGUCAUCCAAAUAUCCAAUGCCGUCAGAGACUUCUUUGAGCAUGGCCAGCCGUUCCGCAUCUUUCAUGGUUCGACAAACAGCACCCGCCCAACCGACCGACGCCAUGCUGUCGACAUCACCCCCUUAUCCAACGUGCUGAAAAUCGACACUUCAUCACGGACGGCGCUCGUAGAGCCCAAUGUUCCAAUGGACAAGCUCGUGGAAGCCACUCUUGCUCAGGGAAUGAUCCCCCCAGUUGUCAUGGAAUUCCCAGGCAUCACUGUAGGAGGGGGAUUUGCCGGUUCUGCCGGAGAGAGCAGCUCUUUCAGAUACGGUUACUUUGACCAAACCGUCAAAUCUAUUGAGAUGGUCCUCGCAGAUGGUCGCGUGGUCACAGCUUCUUCAUUCGAGAACAGCGACCUAUUCAAGGGUGCUGCUGGGUCCUUAGGGACACUGGGCGUUACGACCAAGCUAGAGUUGCAGCUGAUUCCAGCCCGUCGGUUCGUCAAGUUGCACUACUCUCCGUAUUUCACCAUUCAUGAGACUAUCAAGGCCGUAAAACGGCAGACGGAGAACCCUGACAAUGACUACGUCGACGGUAUCAUCUUCUCCAAAACUCACAGCGUCGUAAUGACUGGUCAACUGACAGAUGAGAUCCCCCACCCGGCUAAAGCCCACAAAUUCAGUGGCUCCUGGGAUCCAUGGUUCUACCUCCAUGUGAAGGAUAAGACACUACAAGGACCAUCUACAGAGUACAUCUCUAUUGCCGAGUACUUGUUUCGCUAUGACCGAGGUGGCUUUUGGGUGGGUAGGCACGCAUUCAAAUAUUUCAAUCUUAUCCCGUUCAACCGAUACACCAGGUGGUUCGUGAACGAUUUCAUGCACACGAGGAUGAUGUACAGAGUUCUGCACGCAGGCGAAAUGUCGUUCGGUUUCAUGAUUCAGGACCUUUCACUACCGUACGGCACUGCGGAGGAGUUCAUCGAGUACACUUCCGAGAGACUAGGUAUCUGGCCAUUGUGGCUUUGCCCCUUACGAGCCGUGGAUCCUCCGACAUUCCAUCCCAGUCAUAUUGAAGACGGAAAACUUCAGCCGAUGCUGAAUAUUGGGCUCUGGGGACCCGCAUCGACGAACAUCGAAACUUUCGUGCAGCAAAAUCGGGAUCUGGAGAGGCGUCUAACUGAGCUAGGCGGCCGCAAAGUCCUGUAUUCACACACAUACUAUCCAGAGGAGGAGUUCUGGAAAUUGUACGAUCGCGAAUGGUACGGUAAGCUGAGGGAAAGCUAUGCCGCAGCGAAUUUGCCAACGGUAUGGGACAAAGUCAAAGUGGAUAAACUGUACUUGACAAGGAACCGCUCAUGGCUUCAACGCCUCGCGUCAUCGUGGCCCUUUGGAGGAAUCAUCGGGAUCUGGCAUGCGAUCCGGAGCAAAGAUUAUUUGAUCCACAGGAAGCCAGGCUGGACAUACUGGAAGACGCGCCUGUCGAAGUAG